AUGUUAACCGGCGGCGGCGGAUCGAGGAACUUCCUCGGCGGCGGCGGAUCGAGGAACUUCAUCGGCGGCGGCAGAUGGACGAACUUCCUCGGCGGCGCCCACUGGACAAGCAUCCCUACCACGACAUUACAAUGGCAGGGCACGUCGUGCCAUCAUCCCUACCAUCCACCUUCCAAUCUGCAUCUAACAGCUCACAGCAAGCAAAGGCAAAAGGAGAAGGACACGCACAGACUUUUCACCAACGCGGGCACGACCAGAGGCAUUCGCGGGCGGUCGCGACAGUUCCCGCGCGGCGCUGUUGAGCGGAGACGAGCUCGCGCACUGCAGCCGCCAGCGCCGCCGCCGAGCGUCGCCCCACCCCGCGCCGCCGCACAGCCAAGCCCCGAACCCUCCCGCGCCGCCGGCGAGCGCCGCCCCGCCCAGCGCCGCCGCACCAGCAAGCCUCGACCCGUCCCGCGCCGCCGCACCACCGGAGCCGCCGAGCGCCGACCCACCCCAGCGCCGUCGUGGCUUCCGAGCGCCGUCGCAGCUGCCGAGCGCCGCCGCCCCUGCCAGGCGCUGUCACCGCGCGCCGUCGGCCUUGCCUGGCCCUGCGUCCUUCGCCGACCACACCGAGCAGUACCUGACUUGGGUGAAGAUCAGUGUGAGGUGCAAUGGCAGGAAUUGAGAAGUGGGUACCUAGAGCUGAAUGUCGUCAAACAUUUAUCUCCUGUGAAGGGCGAAGAUAAAGUUGAAGGUGAAGAUGAUGAACCACAUAUCCUCUCAGAUUUUAGUGCUUGUAUGUUUGGCUUUGAGGACAAGACAACGUUUCAAGAAGCAUUUGAUGAUAUGAGAUGCAAAGUGCAUAAACAAACUUGGUUAGAUAGUAUCUACAAGUUGAGAGAAAAAUGGGCCGAAUGCUACAUGAGAGAUGUAUUCAGUUUGGGAGUAAGAAGUACACAACUAAGUGAGAGCUUCAACAAUGCACUGAAGAUCCAUUUGAAAUCAGAUUUUCAUAUUGUUCGGUUUUUGAAGCACUUUGAGAGAGCGGUGGAAGUGAAAAGAAGUAAGGAACUUCAAUCUGAGUUUGAGGCAAGGAAGAACAUACCAAGAGUCAAAAUAAACACACUUAUGUUGGUGGAAGCAAGCAAAGUAUACACUCGAGUUAUUUUUGAAGCUUUUCAAGGUGAAUAUGAAAGAUCAAUGGGUGCCUGCUCCAAAGCAUUGGAUGGAAAUAACAUAUAUGUUGUUUCUAUUGGGAGGUUGGAUGGAACUUUUGAGGAGGAGCGCAUAGUGACCGGUGAUCCUUUGACCCAAACAGUUUCAUGUACUUGUGGAAUCUUCAACCGGGUAGGAAUAAUGUGUGCACAUGGUCUGAAAGUUCUUGACUUGAUGAAUAUAAAGAUAUUGCCAGCCCACUAUGUGUUGAAGAGAUGGACUAGAGAUGCACAAAAAGGAAUUAUAUUGGACAGACAAGGAAGAAACGUGGUAGCUGAUCCACAACUAGAAGUUUCGCUUCGAGUGAAGAAUCUGUCUUAUAAAUUUCUCACAUUGGCCAAAAAAAUAGCCAACUCUGAGGAGUGUUGUUUGAUGUUAGAAGAUGCGAUUGAAUCCAUUGGUCCAAAGUUGGAGGAUAAACUGAAUGCAUCUGCUAGUGCUACGAAUGAACCAAGCAAGGAAACAAGCAAGGAACAAGAAAAUAUUGAUCCAAAUGUGCAACAAACAGCCAACUUUCUAAAUGCCGCACAAUUGAAGAAAAAAGAGGUACAAUCCAAAAAUAUUAAGAGGACCAGAACUUUUAUGGAGAAAUUGCGCAAGGGAAAGCGCAAGCCAACUAAAUUUGCCCCAUCAACGACAAAAGGAGCAAAGCAACCAAAGAAGGAUGAUGUUGUACAACCUCAAGUCGAAGUGCAAAAUGAUGGCAACAAGAAAGAAGCACAUGUACUGCAUGAAGAAUAUAAUGUCAUUGGCAGUUUUACUCAGCUCUUGAGUGCUCCUACUUGUGAUGAUGAUAGUCUCUAUGAUGAAAAUAUAUUCUAGUUUCUAGAAAUCGGUUAUAUAGGAUUUUGGUGUUAACUUUUGUAUUUUGGAGGCUAACUAUAGUCUUUAUAGGCCAAAGUGUACAAGUGAA